AUGACCAUCAUCAUCUCUCUGCUCCUGCUGGUCUCUCUGCUGCCACACCUGACCUUAACUGAUCAUGUGAAUGUGGGUAUAGUGAAUGGCAAGGAAGCCAAACCUCACUCCAGACCUUACAUGGUUUCUCUUCAGAAAGAAAAGAAUCAUACCUGCGGUGGAUUCCUCAUUUCUGAUCAGUUUGUCUUGACUGCUGCACAUUGUCAAAAAGAAGAAUUAACAGCUGUGGUUGGUGCACAUGACCUAAAAAAUGAGAAUGAAGGUUCAGUCCGCAUUGGAGUCAAGUCUUACUUCAAACAUCCAGACUUUUCCCUUCUUUUGAAACGGAAUGACAUUAUGCUUUUGAAGCUAGAGAAAAAAGUCAAACCAAGCAAACAUGUAAAUUGGAUAUCAUUACCAAAGAAAGAAUCCAUCAAAAAAACAGACUCUGAUUGUAGUGUUGCAGGCUGGGGAUGUCUGUACAUUACUGGUCCAAAGAGUGAUUGUCUUAUGGAGGCCAAUGUGAAGAUAAUGGAUAAUGCAACAUGUAAAAAAAAAUGGGGAAAAAGCUACUCAGUCUCACAGAUGAUGUGUGCACAUGGCCACGGUGGAUCUUGCAAAGAGGAUUCAGGAGGUCCUUUGGUUUGUAAUAACACUGCUGUUGGUGUCACAUCCUUUGGUGACCCUCUUCAGUGUAAUUCACCUAAGUAUCCUAAUGUGUAUACUAAGAUUUCAAAAUAUAUUAAAUGGAUCCAUAAAAAAAUGAGAAAUGUUACGGUGGGGAAAAGGAAGAAAAGUUUUUCCUGAAUUCUUCCAAAAACUUUUUUUUUUCCAAUAAAAGUAUCACAUGGCAAGCAUCAAUCAGUCAAAGUGUCUUCAUUUUUCACAAACAUAUACAUUAUUAUUACAAUAUUACAUGGUGGGCACUAAAGUCACUUCACAUUUGCAAGUACGGCUCAUAUUGUUUGGGCAAAGACAGAAAUCUCCAAAACUGGAAUAACUUUGUAA